AUGCGAUUAUUCUCGUACAAGGCAGUAGCAAAUCCAGCGUACAUAUGUCAAAUCGUCGACGAUCCGAUUUUGGAAGCGUUCAAUUUGUCUUACGAGCUACAGGAAGCCGCCUCCUUCGUCAAAGAAUUUUACCACGAUUACAUAGCACUCGCUGAGAACGUCAUGCAGUUCGCGACCGAUCUGAUCGAUUGCGCCAGAAGCGUGGACGAAGUAGAAGUCAUCUUGAAACAGUCUACUGGAUUUGCCCAUUCGUAUAAAUUUAUAUACCCGAGGCUAUUGUUCGCGCUGCACAACACGCAGAGAACCUUUGUGGCUCAUCCUAAUGUACAACAGUUAAUUACGAGCAAGUGGAUCGACGGCUGGUACGAAUGGAAGAUCAUGAACCCGUGGAUGAAGUCUUUAUUCAUACUAAUGCGAAUCUUCAUGCUACCGGUGAUCCUGGUAGUGGUUUUGGUCGCUCCAAAUUCAAAGAGGUCGAAAUUUUGGCAAUCACCGGUCAACAAGUUUAUUUCAUCCACCGCCAGUUACUUGGUGUUCCUGUUGAUCGUUUUUCUUCAAUCGAACGUAGACAAAACCGAACAGCUUCGCGGACCGCCUAACUCUGGUAUACCCUAUUACCUGAUAUCGACAGAUCGAACAGAAAUCGAACAGUAGCGCCUUGACUUCUCACCUCCGGCUGCUUCCUCAGCAUACGUCUGGGUUUUGAUAAUUUACGUGAUGUCGUACGCCUGGUCGUUGAUUCGUAUGUGCAUAAUACACGGGCCGAAGAGAUUCUUCG